AUGACAGUGACAGGACAGCUAUAUUGCGAAGUUUCUUUGUUUGUUUCGUAAGAAAAAUAGAUUGGAAAAUACCAUAAAGAUAAUAAAAAAUAUGGAAUACACAGCUUUGUUACGAGCAUUUUGAAGUAUUUCGUUACAGUGUAAAUAGUAUUAUUUGUGAACUAUAUGACGUAACUGCUGGCUCAUCACAAUGAGCGAUUCCAAAUCUUUCGUGAACUUUUCUUGCCAGAGGUGUUUGCAGCCUUUGAAGUUGGACGAAUCCCUGAAUAACUUGGGGGAGCAUACUAUUGCGGACCUCACCUUGCAGAUAAGGCGUAACAAUGAAGUGGAUUUGGAGUUACAGUCGUCGAGCUUGGAACAUUACGUCCCUCCUUUUCGUAUGUCAGAGUCAGGUAACGGCGCAAAUGGCUUCAUGGUCAUCUCAGACGGCUGGGAAACCACGUCCCUAGGUCACCAAUUACACGUGAAAGCCACUCUGUUCGAUUUACUAUCCAACAAUUCUGAUGUGGACCAUCCUCUUUGUGAUGAGUGUACAGAUACACUACUAGAGCUUAUGGACAAUCAACUAAGGCAGACAGAAGCGGAGUGGAAAGACUAUAACGAUUAUUUGAAAAAGCUUGAGGAUGACAAAGAAGAUUUAAAUUUGGAAGGACUCGAAAAAGAAUUGGAUGAUUGGAAACAGGAGCAAGCGAGACUUCUGCAAGAACUAUCCGCUUUGCAAAAGGAGGAAAGGGCUAUGAAGGAGGAAAUACAAAUACAAGAGAGGGAGAAAGAUAGAUUAGAGAAGGAGCAAGAUGUUUAUUGGAGGGAGUACACUAGGCAUCGGAAAGAUUUGAUGACUACUGAAGAUCAAAUGAAGUUUUAUGAAUGCCAGCUAGCUUACACUCAGUCACAGCUAGAAAAGUUGAAAAAGAUGAAUGUUUUCAAAGCCACAUUCCAUAUAUCAGAUUCAGGACAGUUUGGUAUUAUAAAUAAUUUCCGAUUAGGCCGUUUACCAACUGCUCCUGUUGACUGGUCAGAGAUAAAUGCGGCGUGGGGUCAGACAGUCUUGCUGCUGUCAUCAUUGGCGAGAAAGAUAAAUUUUGCCUUCCAGAGGUACCGUCUAGUGCCAUAUGGCAAUCAUUCAUUCAUUGAGGUUUUGGAAGACCAGAAAGUCUUACCACUUUAUGGGUCUGGAGGUUUUCGUUUCCUCUGGGAUACUAAGUUUGAUGCUGCCAUGGUUGCUUUCUUGGAUUGCUUGCAGCAAUUCAAAGAGCAAGUUGAAAAGGGGAAUACUGGUUUUUGUUUGCCGUAUAGAAUAGACAAAGGAAAAAUAGAAGACACAGCCUCCCCCCCUCAUGCUUAUUCUAUAAAAAUACAAUUCAAUUCUGAAGAACAUUGGACAAAAGCUUUAAAGUAUAUGUUGACCAACUUAAAAUGGGCUUUAACAUGGAUCUCAUCUCAAUUUAGUGAAGAUAAAAUUGAAAGUUAAGAAAUUAACUUUCAUUAUUAUUGUAGUUCAAUUUAUAAUGUUAUUUAGUCCUAAUUGUAUUUGAAUAUAAUAUCAUUGCUUUGUAAGAUAAAUAAAUACAGGAAUGUGUAUAUUACAAUAUUUACAACAUUUAUUUCUAAAAUAUGACAACUUAUCUCACAUAGCUUGUUUAGCUCAAAGACGAGUCUUUUUGCUACUUUAUUGAUUAAUCAUUUAUGUUUUAAAACUAGAUUGUUAUAAUGAUAUUAAAAUUGGUUCUUAUUUUCCUAAAAGACAAUCAUUAUAUUUUUUCAAUUUUGCAUGUGGAUAAAUUCAUAAUAAUUAUCAAUAACAUAGGCAUUAAUAAAUAGGUUGCAUGUUUGAAUACAGAUUGUGUAUAAAUCAAAUCACAUUAAAUUUUAUUUGAAAAAACUAACUUGAUCCAGGAAAAUUUAAAGAGACAUAUACCUAUGUAAUUUGCUUUUUAAUAUUCUAUAGUAAGAACACAUUUGAUAAAUGAAUUCCUUGAAGAAUGUGUUAUCAAUAGGCAUUAAUGUCAUAUUAAUAUAAUAAGCAACAAAUUAUGUUAACCUAGCCUAAUUUAUUAAUUCAACAAACAGAUUGUGAUUGAAGUACUGGAUUGAAUUUGUGUUACUGUAUACUAAAUAACCUUCAUUAAAAUAUGUAUCGAAAUAAAAUGUCCAUCACAUGUUAUUUGCCUAUUGUUAAAAAUGCUGUAAUUGCUUUUGUAGUAUGUGAAAAGAAUGUAAUGAGAGGCUUAAUAAGUAUACUAUAAUUAUAUUCAAUGUGAUUAAAUGCUGUGAUUAUACAAUUAUUUUGAAAUCAAUAAGUUUGUAAAAGUCUCCCUCAGUUUAUUUCUAUUUAGAACUGAUUAUUUUCUACUUGAUUAUUAUAAUAUUUGGCCGCUGA